UCUCCUCGGCCGAGGGCAAUCCGGAAACAAAGCGGAUGAAUAAUGCACCGUGUCGGCGGUCACAUGUCGUGCAGCGGGCUCCUGAAUGAUUUAAAGCGUUUUACAUCACCAGCCUCACCCUCACCCUCCCCUCUCCUCCCCCUCCCGCGCUGUCUUUAUCUGAUGCACCGCGCAGCCCAGAGAUGCUGCUGCUGAUGUUGGCGACCGACUGCAGCAUCCGACAUGGGCAUCCUUCAGUCCGGCCGUGCCACAAUAACUUUCUCUCUGACCAUGUGGGGAACAACUAAGAUGGCAUUCCACUAAACCAGGACAAGAGACAACAGGUUGACGAAUACGGAGGCACAGGCAGCAACACAAAAUCUGAACUGGACUCUACCAUCACUCGGAUAAGGAAUAACUCUCCUUCCACAGUACAUGAUUGUUUUCACCAGCAAACAGUGAAAGUACAAAAGAAAACUGUCAAAAGGGAUCCUCCCACUCUUCCUUUUUUAAAUUCUUCCCUUUUGACUGUAACCCUUGAGCUUUAGCUUUCAGUAUGACCAGUCUGGUAGGGAAGCUAGACCCUCGGAGGGUACAAUGGCGCUCUACAUGGAACACCUUUACGUCCCGUGUCCUGAGGACCAAACCGGUGGAGUCCAUGUUGGAUUCGGCCAUGACAGGCACCAGCUCCCAUGGGACCAGACUGGCCCGGGUCCUGUCCACAGUGGACCUGGUGUCGCUGGGCGUGGGCAGCUGCGUCGGGACAGGGAUGUAUGUGGUCUCGGGGCUGGUUGCCAAGGAGAUGGCCGGUCCGGGUGUCAUUGUGUCCUUCAUUAUCGCCGCUGUGGCCUCCAUUCUGUCAGGAGUGUGUUAUGCAGAGUUUGGCGUUCGGGUGCCUAAGACCACAGGUUCGGCCUACACGUACAGCUACGUGACCGUGGGCGAGUGCGUUGCGUUUUUCAUCGGCUGGAACUUGAUUCUGGAGUAUCUGAUCGGCACAGCGGCGGGGGCGUCGGCUCUCAGCAGCAUGGCGGACUCACUGGCCAAUCACAGCAUCAGCAACUUCAUGAUCACACACAUCGGAACGCUCAAGGGCUUGGGUAAAGGGGAGCAGUCGUACCCGGACCUGCUGGCGCUGCUGAUAGCACUGCUGGUGACAGUGAUAGUAGCUUUGGGAGUGAAGAACUCUGUGGGCUUCAACAACGUGCUGAACGUCAUCAACCUCGUCGUGUGGGUGUUCAUGAUGAUCGCCGGGCUCUUCUUCGUCAACGGAGAGAACUGGGACGAGGGGAGGUUUCUGCCCUUUGGCUGGUCGGGGGUGAUGCAGGGUGCAGCCACCUGUUUUUAUGCCUUCAUUGGAUUUGACAUCAUCGCUACAACAGGAGAAGAGGCCAAGAGUCCCAACACCUCCAUCCCCUAUGCCAUCACUGCCUCACUCAUCACCUGCCUCACUGCCUACGUCUCUGUGUCUGUGAUCCUGACUCUGAUGGUGCCGUAUAAUGAGAUUGACGCAGACGCCCCUCUCAUGGAGAUGUUUGCCAUGCAUGGCUGCAUGUUCGCAAAGUAUAUCGUGGCAGUGGGCUCCAUAGCGGGACUCACUGUUUCCCUCCUGGGGUCCCUGUUCCCCAUGCCCAGGGUCAUUUACGCCAUGGCUGGGGACGGCCUGCUGUUUAAGUUCCUGGCCAAUGUGUCUUCCUACACAGAGACACCCGCUGUUGCCUGUGUGGUGUCGGGCUUUCUAGCUGCCCUCCUGUCCCUCUUGGUCAGCCUCAGAGACCUCAUAGAGAUGAUGUCCAUAGGAACCCUGCUGGCCUACACCCUGGUAAGCCUCUGUGUGCUCCUGUUGCGUUACCAACCCGAAGGCGACAUCCACGGCUUUGUGAACUUCCUCUCCGAGGAGCAGAACAACAAGAGAAAGGAGGGCGUUCUGGCCGAGUGCGAGAAAGAGGCCUGUUCACCAACCAGCGAAGCGGAUGAGUAUGGGGGUCUGGCCACAAACACCUGUGGAGCCAAAAACCUGCCGUCACUGGGUGACAAUGAGAUGCUGAUAGGCAAACCAGAUAAAACCACCUACACUGCCAGCCACCCAAACUAUGGCACAGUGGAUAUGACUAGUGGCAUCGAAGCAGAAGAGUCAGAGGGCGGGAUGUCCCGGCGGUUGAAGAAGCUCAUUGGACCGCGCUACUACACCUUGAGGAUCCGAUUGGGCCUCCCGGGAAAGAUGGACAGGCCUACUCCAGCCACGGGGAAAACUGUCACUGUGUGUGUGCUGCUCCUCUUCAUUUCCAUCUUCGCUUUCUGCUCCUUCAUCAUUUUUGGUGCGAGCAGUAUUGGGGAAGGUCACUGGUGGGCUUUGCUGCUAUUGGUCUCCUUCAUCAUCUUCCUCGCCCUGCUUGUCAUCAUCAUCCUCCAGCAGCCAGAGAACCCUAAGCGGCUGCCCUAUAUGGCGCCCUGUGUGCCCUUUGUACCUGCUUCAGCCAUGCUGGUCAACAUCUACCUCAUGCUUAAACUGUCUGCCAUCACCUGGAUACGAUUUUCAAUCUGGUGCAUCGUGGGUGUGCUCAUCUACUUUGGCUAUGGCAUGUGGCAUAGUACGCUGGAGAUCACGGCCAGGGAGAACGAGGUGCACGCCUCCACCUACCAGCGCUACGAUCAAGGCGUGGACGAAGGCUUCUGCGGCUUCGACGACGAUUUCUACCCGCCUACUACUGACGCCUGGGGUGCGCCGGAGGGGGGAUCAGGGCUCACCCCGCCCGCCGAGGUGAAACCCGAAAGUGACGGGGCACCAUCUAAAGGUGGAGGCAGUAAAAUUGCCAAUCACGGCCUCGCAGAAGAGGAUCCGAUGGAUUUCUGAAGGGACUGACUCUGUGUUACCCUGAAUGUACUGCCUUGUCUGCUGCCUGGGGAAAAGGGAGGGGGAACAGGUGUGUGUCUGUGUGUGAGUGUGUGUCUGUGUGUGUGUGUCUGUCUAACCCUUGGGCCAGACAGUUUCUUGGCCGUGGAACGGCUUUUCCUUCACCUUACUCUGCCGGGCUUGGCUCCCCAGCUCGCACAGCAAAUGAUGGCGUUAGGGUCAAGUGUCUUGUCACAGUCACUUGUAAUUCACUUACUGGACUCCACAUCCAAACAAAGGAUAGAAAAGUGCUGAUGUAGCAGGAGAUAAAAUAUGAUGGGGUUCGUUGCACUGUGAACGAUGAAACCCUGUUUAUUGAGCAAUCUGUGAACUCUAUUUCUAAGAAUUUACGGGAUAUGCAGUAGGUGGGGAGAAGGUGAUGAGUAUAGGACAGAUGGAUCAGCACCUCACUUCCCGUUUCAACACAGACAGGAAAGUUAGAUGACAGCAUGCCAAGCUCAAGCUAUUUCCCAUGUACAAGUCUGACUUUACUGCUCAUUUUCUUUUUCAACAGACAGGAAAACUCCUACAUGUGCUCUUAAAAAAACACAAAGAAAUUGCUUAAAAAUCAAAAACUGCUUUGUCUUUAAACAUUCCCCCCGGCCCCCUAACAUCUAGCCCAAGGGAUUUAGGACUGGAUUGGGAAGAGGGUGUUGAUGUUUCCUGUCACAAAUAGUACUUGGACUUUGCUUGCUAUAGUGCCUUCAUCUACUGUAUGUGUAUGUGAAUUUCUGAUUGUGUCUGUUUUCUACUUUAAUUUUGCCUGUAUAUGAGGGUGUAUGCGCAAUCAAACUCCACCUUUUACAUCAAUGUGUGUGCGUGUGUAUGUGCGUGUGUGUGUGUGUGUGUGUGUUGGUUCUUGGGGUUGUUUUACUGUGUAUUUGUAAGUAUUGUUUUGUCCUUCCCACUCUUUGCCCCAGCAUGACACUUAAAAUCAAUCAGAGCAGAUUAUGGUGCAAUAUAACAUGUGCUUGUCAGCUCAUCUGCGUACCAAAAAAGAGAAGCGCGAGAAAAGAGGGUGCAACAGACAUAAAAAGAGAACAGGUUGAAUCCUAAUUGACAACCGGCUUGGUUUAUUAUGAUACGUGUCAUAGUUUCUGUGUGCUUAUCUCUCCAUUGUUGCCGUUCUCGCUGUUUACCAUACCUGGGAAGGAAUUCAUUUUCAGUUCAUUCAAUUCAAGACAUGGAUUUACAUUACAUCUCUUCUCUUAGGGAAGAAGAGGGUAUUUCAGUUUUUGUCUAAGUUGAGGGGAAGGUCCUUAUGACGCAUUUAUAAGAUGGCUGUGGGUUUCUAUCCCCCUCCCUACACCAAUUAUUUCCACACAGUACCAACUGAGAAGGACUGCGUUGUAAAUGAGUUUUUACUUGUACAUUGAGUGAACUUAAAUACAAUCCCUCCUCUUCCAUCUCUCUCCCUUUCUUCUCCCCUCCAUCCCCUUAAACUUUUCUUCUUUCGUUUCCGCAUUUUUGCAUCCUCUACUUCCGCCACACACUCCUUUACUCUUCCAUCACAACUCUUCCGUGAUCUAUUUAUCACAUUAGCCCACUCUUGAUAUUCACUCGGCCCUGUCAGCAGGGAGUUCCCACUCUACUGUAAGUGAUAGAGCCGGGAUUGGUUUUCUGUCAGGAUUUAAAACAGCAAUCUGUUCAUGGUCUGACAAUACAUCAGCUCCUGUUUCACCUCAGGGUGUCAGCUAUCGCUCUUCUGAUUUGUCACCGGAGCAUUUACUCUGCUCCCUGUGGUUCUGCUCCAACCCCGGUCCAAACUAGUCUUAGUGAUGCCCCUACCUCUUUGUGUAGCUAGUGUUAAGUCCCACCCUUUACAUAUUAUUGACACUGUUGCUGCAGCACGAAGAGAUGUUGUGAAAAUCAAUCAAAUCAAAUGAUGGUCCUGUAGAGCUGGAGUAGUGUGUAGGACAAGUAAGCUGAUGCUGCCAGGGUUAGGGGUUUGAUUCUAUAUAAUUAAGAAUGUAUGUCCUCGUGGUACCGUAAGGAAUUUUGGCACACACCAAAUAGCAUAUUGUUAUGUUAUUAUGAUGAGGGUGGGGGCACUUCUACAAUAGCUGCUGCUGUAUGCCCUAAUUGUCCUCCUUGUAUAGUACCUUUUCCUCUUGCCCCCUGUUGCUGCAUCUGUCCCUUUCAGGGAAGCCUUAUUUGUCUAAUGCACUAAAUCUAAGGAUGCCACGCUAACCCCCACCCUACCUCUGCUCCUCCCACAUCCAUCCACACUCCAAAAAAACAAAUCUUUUAAGUAGUAAUAGGCUCUUUGGUGUCAUCCAGUGAAAUGAUUGUGAUACCCGUCCCAAAAAACAGCCCAUUACUCAGAAGAAUUACGCUCGUAUUGGACAAUUCUGCAGCCUGCUAAUGCAGGAAGAAGUGAGCCUUUCUGUAGUGUAGUGGAACAUGAGGGUGCUGAGGUGUGAAGUACCAUUCAAGGACCAGUCAUGGCCCAAGCUAACAUUGGGGUCAUGACUAAUGUGUCUUUUCUGGAAUUGUGGGUGUUAUAGUGACAUAUGAGUUUAUAUUCUACCAUCCAAAAUUGCACAUGGUGUAUAUUUUACAAGCUGAUUCCAGUAUUUUUAAAUUUUCAAUAUAUUGGCCAACAAAAAAGAUAAUGAAUUGAGUAUUUCAUGUUGGGAUCUUCAUCUAGAGAAAUAAUCAAUUUUAGAAAAUUGUAUGAAAAAAGUACUUUCUUUUUUUGGAGCUGGUAUAACAUUUUCAGACGAAAUAAGGGUUGACGUGUGGGGGAUUUGGACUUAUGAAAUAAGUAUUUUAAAAAUCCUGGCUAAAGUCCUGAAACGUGUGUUUUUUAGUUUUUCAAUUGUAACCAUCAAUUGUAACAAUCUUUCCUAGACUAAAUAAUUUGUUUUAGUUCCCAAACCUUAACUGUACUGUAGUUCAGUCAGUCAAAUCGCAUGUAGGAAGGCAUUUUUCUGUGAAUGUAGAAUAUGUUUGGCACAAAGAAACACCAAGCUCAGGGUAGCAAGGGGGCAAAAAGUUAGAAUGAUAACCAAAACCAUAAUUUGAUAUUAACCAUGUUAGUUGCUAUGCAUGGGUGUCGAAUUAAUGGCUCUUUGAAAAUUCAUGAACAUAAUUAGAGGUUUUUGCAGAAUUGUCCAAUAAUCAACGUUCUUUCUGGUUACAGGGUUGGAAAAAAACAGCACAACACAUUUACACACCAUAUCUCGCACACAUGCAGCCAAAAUACCCUCCCGACCCAGAUCACCUCCUGACUCAGCCAAAAGAAGACAGACGUUUUGCAUUCAUAUCUCAGCCAAAAACCAGACGGCGAAUUCAGGGGUUGCCAUGCCUCUGACACUAGACUGUACAGUCAACUUACUCUAUUACCGGCUCUGUCCGUGUGCGUGUGUGUGUUCUAUGCCUGCGCCUCAAUGUGACCACCUGGUGAAUGUGUAGCAUGCUCUCAUGCACGAGGUCCUGACUGUAAAUGUUGUACCUGCAUGUGGUGACUGAUCGCUACGAGACAUAAUAGAACACUAAAACCAAACCGAACGCAGGCUUGGUUCUCAUACCUGGGAACGUUGGCCUCUGUGCUCUGAGAGGAUUAACGGGUGUUUUACAACCGAAUCGGCUUUAAAAACAUUACUUUUCAGGGUUCUUACCACUGAAUUGAACUGAAAGCUAUUGUAUUCAUUGCAGACUCAUAUCAUUUCUAUUCAGAUGCAAAACUUUCCUAUACAGCUCAAUAUUAUGUUAAAGGAUUUCUAUGAGCUAAAAGAUUACUCUCUCCUAUAUUUCUAAGCUCAUACAGUGAUCUCCUCACCCAGGUAUGGGCACCAAGGCUCCGUUUGAAAAAGGAGUAGAACAUGUAGCAAACACACAGGUGUGGGGAUGACUUAUCCUCCAUUAACCAGUUACUGUAUGCCUACUUCCUGUAUUUCCCUUCUCUCAACCACAAACUCUACAAGCCAAAGUCCACACUGUACGUUUCCUUUUCACAUACAGAAGACUGUAGUUUCUUCAAAGUGAACACAUUUACAACUGAGCUAACCAUUUUUUGUUGGGGGUCUGCUAAUAAGCUACUAAUGUCAGAACAGCGCAAUGAUCAUUUAAAAAAAAAAAAAUCCUAGUUGAAGAGUAUUUCAUUUAAAAAGAUUGAAAGUAUUAGUCUAUACGUCAUUGACUACAGCAGAUCAGUUUGUCCUGCAGUGAAAAACUACAACAUUGAAGGAGAAAAGUAUUUUUCUACAGCGGUCUCCCAUCCAAAGGUCCUCCUUGGGUAGGCAUGCACAAAAGAGCUGGGUGGAGUUUCACUUUCUGUGGUUUUUCUUUAAUCACACGGAGUCCUGGGAGAAACUGCUAAAAUAUAUUUUUAACAACUGUAGUCAUUAUGAUAAUGCUCAUUUAUGAACCUUAAUCCUUUCCUUUUUGAAGGAUUUUGAAACGGUUGCUCUAGACGUCAAUAGAACUGUAGAAGGUUUAAAAGUAUAUAGGAUUACUGCAGAAACUAUUUUAAUACAAUUCUGUGAAGGGUAAAGUACUGUAAAAGCAUUAUCAAAUAUUGCCACUAUUGCUUUUAAAGUCAGCUACCUUUUGUUUAUUUUGUCUCGGAGAAGGCGUACCAUGUUCUUCCUGUGCUCGGUGUUCGCUGUGGCCAAGUGUCCAGUCUGUGUGUGUCGGACCCGUUGAGAUUGGCUUAUUUUGCAAACUAGAUAUUCCUUUUUCUUUUCUGUAUAUUUUGGCACAAAGUUGUAUAAUGUAGAUGUUUUUUUAUGUUAUUUUGUAAUGAUUUCUUCCAUAUGUGUGGUUGUUUUGCUCCUGGGUACACUGUUUUUUGCUGAGUUGUUAAUAUUGCUUCCAUGCAACAAUGAAAGCUAUUUAUUGCAAAUA